CCCUCCCCUCUCUCCCUGACGUGUUGUGUGUGCAUGCCUGUUAAUGUGGGCCAAGUGGGGGGGGGCGGCUUUGUUAACAAAGUGCCUCCUGGAGAGGACAGACCACCCCUCUCUGGGUCCCCCAACCUUUUCCUGGAGGCUGUGGGGUCAGAGGGCUGACCCAGGCCAGCGGGCCACCAUGCCCUGGCCCCACGGGCGUACCCUUCACGGCUGUAUCUGUCUCUUUCAUCCACAGGGGGAGGGGUUACACCAGCUCCGAGAGGCUUUGAAGAUUUUAGCUGAGAGGGUUUUAAUCUUGGAAACAAUGAUUGGGCUUUAUGGCCAUUAGCUUACAAACCUUCCUACAGCAGCAGGCCCAGCUGGAGCUCCUGGCUAGAAGGGUCACCUUGCUGGAAGCCAUCAUCUGGCCAGAACCAGACCCAGGGUCAGGAGGUGGCCCCUUCUCCACUAGCACCCCCAGCUUCUUCCGAGGCAAGCGCAGCGGACUGGCAGCCUACCGGAUCAUCUCCCGCCAGCUGUCCCAGAAGGGCCAGGAUGACAGGCAGUGAAGAGGCGUGGCCCUGGCCGGCGGAGCACAAGAGGGAGCCAUUGCCCCCAGCACCACGGCCUCUCUGUGAGCCUGCCUCCCCCCAUCCCUCCACGUCACUCUGGACUGUCACAUGAGGAAGCACAUGAGGGGCCAUCCCAGGAUCCUGAGCCAGCCAACGUGAUCGGGGCCCCCCCAGGGCUGCAGCCAGGGAGGGUGCUUGGGAGCCAAUGGCAGCACCGCUCUGUAUUUAUUUGUUCUUCAUUUUUCAAGAGGCCUGUA